AUGUUUUCUGCAGCUCGAGAGGGUCAUCUACCAAGCUUCAUGGCCAUGAUUCACAGAACACAAAGAACGCCUAUUUCAGCAAUGCUGUUCAGGAUGGCAACUAACAUGGAGGUGCUUUCGUUGUUAUUUAUAUCGCAAGGUGUGUUAUUUCCGACCAUUUUCGCCUGUAUGUUGCUGAUUCCUGACAAGAGUACAAUACAGAGUUUGAUUAGUCUGUACAGCACCGCGGUGACUGUAGUUGGUCUGCUCUGGACGAGAUACAAAAGACCUGAGCUUCCAAGACCUUUUAAACUUCCAAUCUUCAUUCCUGUGUUGUUCUUACUCAUUUCACUAUACCUAACCAUCUCACCGUUCAUCAAGAAGCCACUGGAAUCUUUCAUUUCGCCGUUUCUUGUCCUGACUGGGAUUCCUAUGUAUUUAUUCUUUAUACGCUUUAAAUGUACACCUAAAGUUGUCUCCGCUUUUUUUUGACUGGAUUGCUGUCAAGACCCAACAAGUUCUUAAUAUCAGAUAUCCCACAACUGUAGUCGAAAUUGGAUCUUAGGUUUUUAUGUACCUUAGAUGACACACUUUCAUAAAUAUGUACAGACAAUGGGCAGACGCGUCUGCAAAUUUCUGCAAAUGACGAAACUUAUGUUAAGCCCAUGGACUGUAGAUGUCGUAAGACAAUUACUUUCGUAAAGUUUUUAGUUUUUGAGUUAUGAAUUAUUUUAUUCAAAGCGAAAAAACUUUGCGAACAGCAGGUGUACCAGUUGCUAAGAUGCGACGUCAUAAUCUGGUUAUAUUGUGGUUUCAAUAUUUCAAGAUCCUAAUAUAAUUUGUUAGCAGCUUAGAGAAGAAAAGUUAUUAGCAUCAGGUAAAUACCUCGAAUAUAAUCUGGCCACGAGUACGGCUGGGGUCAAACGUUCGGUCACGACAUUAUUGUAGUGUUGUAGUAUUGGAAUAAUAGCGCAUUACAGCCAUGUAAAAUUUGGACUUAUCUAUUAUAAAUAUGUUUUAUCAAGCCGUGAAUUAGAAAAGUAGGAUGAAAUCUCAAAGUAGUACUAUUCUUUUAACAUUGCGUUACUAUAAGCAUUUACAAGAUCUGUCACCGGAGUAUCACUUAUUCAAGAAGGAAUGUAGAGAGACCCCCAACUGAUGGGUAGUCGAAACAUACCCAUCAGUUGGGGGUCUUUUGGUUGCUAAGAGCGUGUGGCUCGUUAUGUUGGCCGCCAUUCUUCUUUAGAAAGCUUGUCAAGGUGGCAAUAUUCAAAAUUCAAUCUCUCGCAAACGAUCACAGUGGACACUCCAUUUUUCUUUUCAUUUUUGGAAUCAACUUUAAAUUCUGUAUAAAAUAUCUUUCUAAAAAGAAAAGGUUUGUAAUUAUUAUUCCGUGCUUAAAUAGUACAGUCACCUUA